AUGGACGCGCCGGCCCCCGACAACAUCGCCGCUGAGGAGGGCGGGCAGCAACAGAUGCACCAGGACGAGAAGGAGCACAGGCCGAUGUUCAGGAGAGUCAAGGACAGGAUGAGGAAGAUGAAGAACACCAUCGCCGGCCACGGCCACGAUCACGAUCACGAUCACGAGCAGGACACCGGGGGCGGUGGUAGCAACAGCACCGGCGAGGACGAGGAGGAUGCGGCGACGAGGGAAGCCGAGGUGGACAAGGGCGGAUACCAGCAGCAAGACGUCGAGGACAAGCCCAUCUUCGCGGACUCCAGUCCCGAGCAGCACGGCGCACCCAUGUACGACUCGGAGAGGAUCCCUGCGGCGGCCAAGGAGGUGGAGCACAACGACGCUCCGGCAGCGGCGCAGGAGGUGAAGCGCGACGACGCCGCGGGGAUGCGGCUCGGCGACUUGGGCGGCCCGCCGUCGGCGAAGGAGGUGAAGCUGGACGACACCCAGAGGGUGCCGCUCGGCGACCUUGGCGCCCCGGCAGCGGCGCAGGAGGUGAAGUGCGACGACGCUCCGGGGGUUUGGCUUGGUGACCUUGGCGCCCCGGCAGCGGCGCAGGAGGUGAAGCCCAACGAGGCUCCGGGGGUGCGGCUUGCUGACCUUGGCGCCCCGGCAGCGGCGCAGGAGGUGAAGCGCGACGACACCCAGGGGGUGCCGCUCGGCGAUCUCGGCAGCCCUGUCGUCGAGGACCCGGCCGUGCCGAACUCGAGCACGCCCAUGCCGCCAGGUGGCCAAGACAUCGGCACGACGGAUGCCGUCCGUAACUUGGAGGCGAUGACUGUGUCAGACGACCCCAAGCAAGUCGGCGCACGGAAGAUGGACGUCGACGUGAGCAAAGAGUAUGAGGCAAUGCCGGUGUCGGACGGCACCGGGGAGGAACGGAACGACGCACCCACGGACGCCGAGUACACCGGGAGCGACACGGACAGGCUCAAGAAUACGGCAGCUGGCACGGUGUAUGAGAAGGUCGCCGGCGUCGGCACGGUCAUGGCGAGCAAGGCGCAGCAGGUCACCCCCGGCGUCGGCGCUGGCGGGAACGCGCAGGACGACUCCAGCGCAACUGCCGCCCCUGAAUCGGUGACCGCCGGUGCCGGGAAGAGGGACCUCGACUUGCCGCAAGAGGGAACGGCGGCGUCCUACACCGGCACGGAGGGGCUGAAGGACGCGGCAACGGACGCGACGGGCACGGAGGGGCUGAAGAACGCGGCCACGGACGCGACGGGCACGGAGGGGCUGAAGAACGCCGCCACGGACGCGACGACGGAGGGCGCGCCUGGCGCGACGUACACGGACAUGAUCAAGUCCGCGGCGGCGGGCACCACGGAGUACGGCAAGAAGCUGGCUAGCACGGUGUACGACAUGAUCAAGUCCGCGGUGGCGGGCGCCACGGAGUACGGCAAGAAGCUAGCGAGCACGGUGUACGAGAAGGUCGCCGGCGUCGGCACGGCCGUUGCGAGCAAGGCCCAGCAGGUGACGACAUCGGCCGGCACCGCGGUGCUUCACGGCGCGGCUCCAAGGACCAACACGAAUGUGAUGUGA